AUGUCAAGGUCAGUAUCAAUCUCGGGUAUUUCUAGUCUGAAUAAUAAAACCAAUUCAAGUUCAUAUAGUAAUAUAAGGAGCGCACUGAUUGGUGGGUCAUCAUUUUUCAACAAUCAUAUAAGAAAUAAUUCGACAACGAUACUGGAUCACGAAUCAGAUUCAAACAAUGAUAAAAAUCAAGAAUUAUUGAAUGAAACAGAAACGACACCUGAAAAAGAAAUAGAUAUUGUUGGGGCGAUAAGUAAUUUGCAUUUAGAUGAAGAAGAAGAUGAUGAUUUAAAUGAUUUGAAAACAACUUCAAGUUCGGAUAAUUUGGAACCAAAAUCUGAAAAUACAAGUGAUACUUCUUCAUCUUUCAAGAGUUAUUCAAAUUCACAAUCAAUAAAACCUGCUUUACCUCAACAACCUUACCACUUUCCUCCUCCACCUUUUCCUAAUCAAAAACCAUUUAACGUACAUCCAUUGAACGAGAAUAAUAGUACCAACCUUCCAUCAUCUUUGAAUUGGAACAAUUCAAAUUCACAGACAUACUAUAAUGGAAUGAUAGGAAAUGAAUUUGGACCAUCUUCAACACCAUUUUUGAAAUUAGAACAAGAAAAAAGAUCCAAUAUUCCACUCACAGAACCGGCUCAUGAACUAGAAGAAACAAAAGAAGGAGCACAAUCUAAUCUGAAUUCUUUCAGCACAAAUCUAAAUGGUCUAUCAGAAACUACAAAAACAGAACAGGUAAAAGAACAAAAAUUAAAUUUUCCACCUCCACAUAUGCAUCCUCAUCAAUUCAAUCCAUUCCCACCAAGUCCAAUUGGUCAUCCAGGUGCUCCACCACCUCCAAUUAUGCCGUUUAACUAUGGACCACCUCCACCUCCACAUUUAAAUCAUCGUCAAAGUCCCAUUGAUUAUCAUAAUUUUGAUAUAAAUGUAGGACCCUUACCUCCUAAUCCUUCGACUUUUCAACCACCUAUGAAUGGGGAAUCAAUGUGGAACAAUAAUAAUAGACAGAACUUCCAAAAUCCACAAAACACUUCAAAUGGAUUCAAUCAAAGACAUAACACUAAUUUUAAUGGACAUAAACAUUUUCAACAAUCACAUCCUCAUCAACUCAAUAAUUUUUUAAACAAUAACAAUAACAAUCUUAAUACAUUUUAUCCUAAUGGAAAUCAUAAUAAUAGAAAAAAUUAUAGAAAUUAUAAUGGCAAUCAUCAUUAUAAUAAUAAUAAUGGCCAUCAUCAAAAUCGAUCAUAUUAUCAAAAAAGAGGAGAAGAUGCAAGUAAAUAUUUUAAUCAUAAAGCAAUUGAUUUUAAAGGAUCUAUUUUAAAUUUAUGUAUAGAUCAACAUGGAUGUAGAUUUUUACAAAAGGAAUUAGAAGAAGCAGAAAAUUUAAAUGAACAGAAUAAGGAAGAAUUAAUAGAUAAUAAUAAUCCUAAGGAAAGUAAAAAUCAAGUUGCAAAUUUAAUUUUUAAUGAAAUUCAAAAUAAAUUAAUUGAUUUAAUGAUUGAUCCAUUUGGAAAUUAUUUAAUUCAAAAAUUAAUAAAUUAUUUAACUAUACUGCAAAAAUUAAAAUUAAUUGAAAUUACAAAAAAUGAAUUUUAUAAUAUUUCAAUAAAUUCUCAUGGUACAAGAACUUUACAAAAAUUAAUAGAUUGUUGUACCACAGAUGAAGAAAUUGAUUUAGUGAUAUCUGCUUUAAAACCAUAUGUAAAAGAAUUAAGUAAUAAUAUAAAUGGAAAUCAUGUAAUACAAAAAUGUUUAAUUAAAUUUACAUCACAUCAAAAUCAAUUUAUAUAUGAUAUACUACUAAAAAAUAUUAUUUUAAUAAGUUGUCAUCGUCAUGGAUGUUGUGUUAUACAAAAAUCAUUAGAUUUUGCUUCAUUAAAACAAAAAAUAAAUUUAUUUAAAGAAAUUUCUAAAAAUGUUGAAAUUUUAAUUUAUGAUCCUUAUGGAAAUUAUGUUAUUCAAUAUAUUUUAGAUGAUAAUAAUAAUGAUAAUAAUAAUGAUAAUGAUAAUGAUGAUUCAAUUAAUAAAGAAUUACAAUCAAGUAUAAAUAAAAUCAUUGAAUAUAUAAAAUUAAAUUUAGUUAAAGUAUCAACUCAUAAAUUUAGUUCAAAUGUAAUUGAAAAAUCAUUAAAAACAACAACUACAACAACUUCAAAUACAACUUCAAAUUCUACAGCAAACACAACAAAUCAAAAUCAAAAUAUAAUAAUAAAUGAAAUUUUAAAAUUAAAUAAAUUAGAUUUAAAUUUUAUAUUAAAAGAUUCUUAUGGAAAUUAUGUUUUACAAACUUGUUUAAAUUUUGCAAAUUUAAAUCAAUUUAAAAAAUUAAAUGAUUUAUUGUUACCUUUUUUACCACAAAUUAAAAAUACACCUUAUGGUAAAAGAAUUUUAAAUAAAUUACAAUAG